CUCAGUAAUUCUCUCUCUUCUGGUAUAGAGAGAGAAAGAGAGAUUGUAGUACCUUCUUCCUCAGGUAAACGUUUCUUCAUCCCUUUCAUCCUCCAUUAAAAUGACCUCUACCACUAUUUAAUGAUUCCACAGUAUCAGUUACGCUCCCAUUAAACAUCGUUUCUCUUCUUCCAACGCCACGAACCAUUCAAAUUUCCCUUCUCUCUUUCUCUCUCUCUCUCUCUCUCUAUAAUCGACGCGUUUCCUUCUGUUUUGUCUUUUUCUCUAGUUCUAUUGCACGGUUCGAAAGAAAAUCUUUGGCAUCAAGCUAUUUCUAAAGAGGAGGAGAAGAAGAAGAAGAGAUAUUAUUCCAUUUGUUUGAUGCUGCUUGAAUGUGUGAUUUUAUUUCAUUUUUAAUUCACCGAAACGCGGCCGGCUGACAAGCGAUUGGAUUGAAAUGUGCCGUUGAUUCGUUCUUACGAGAGGAUCUUGACAAAUCGUUGUUAUCAAUGACUGCUGAUUCGUAGUGCUCGAGCUUAAAUAGUUGGAUGGAUGUAAGAAAGUAACAUGGAUAUGUUCUUACCUCUGUACUUGUGUCGGUUAAUUUCUUACUGAGAAAAUGAAAUCGGAAGCUAAAAAUUAGGGUUCAGACUUGGAAUUAUUAGAUAGAUUUUGAUCAUUGCCGGUUUCUAAAUUAACUAUGCCGAGCAUCAGAGCUCCAGCGAGGAAGAAGGCAACCACGCUCACGGUUGCUGUGAAAUGUAGGCCGCUGGCUGAGAGAGAGCGUGGUCGUGAUAUUGUACGAGUCAGCAAUGAUAAGGAUGUGCUUGUUUUGGAUCCUGAUCUAUCGAAGGAUUACCUCGAUGUUAUACAGAAUCGAACCAAACAACGACAGUAUACUUUUGACCAUUCAUUUGGUCCCAAAUCUAGAAAUUCGGAUGUUUACAAACGCAGUGUGUCUUCUAUAGUCUCUGGGGUGGUUCAAGGUCUCAAUGCAACCAUAUUUGCGUAUGGUUCAACUGGAAGUGGCAAGACAUAUACGAUGGUUGGCACUCAACCGGAUCCUGGACUCAUGGUUCUCAGUUUGCAUACCAUCUUUGAUCUCAUUAAAAUGGACAAUAGCCCUGAUGAGUUUGAUGUUUCUUGUUCCUAUCUUGAAGUAUAUAAUGAGGUUAUCUACGAUUUACUUGAAAAAUCAUCUGGCCAUCUAGAGCUAAGGGAGGAUCCGGAGCAAGGAAUAGUUGUUGCUGGACUUAGAUGCAUCAAGGUUCAUUCAGCAGACAGGAUUCUUGAACUUUUGAACCUGGGGAACAGUAGGAGAAAAACAGAAAGCACAGAGGUCAAUGAAACAUCAUCACGCUCUCACGCUGUUCUGGAGAUCAAAGUGACCAGAAGAAGAAGGAAUAAAUAUCAAAGCCAAAUUAUUAAAGGAAAACUUUCUCUUGUUGAUUUGGCUGGCAGUGAACGAGCCUCUGAAACAAAUAGUGGUGGCCAAAAGCUCAGGGAUGGUGCCAACAUCAAUCGUUCACUUCUUGCCCUAGCAAACUGCAUAAACGCCCUUGGGAAACAACAGAAGAAGGGUCUAGCUUAUGUUCCAUACAGGAAUAGCAAAUUGACUAGAAUACUUAAAGAUGGUCUGAGUGGCAAUUCUCAAACAGUGAUGAUUGCAACUAUAUCACCUGCAGAUACCCAGUAUCAUCACACUGUAAAUACUCUGAAAUACGCUGACCGAGCGAAGGAGAUAAAGACUCACAUACAGAAAAAUGUUGGAACCAUAGAUACACAUGCUUCAGACUACCAACGCAUGAUUGAGAGUCUUCAGGUAGAGGUUGGUCGGUUGAAGAAAGAACUAGCUGUGAAGGAAUCUCAACUCGUCAGCAAAUCAAUUGAAAAGGUUGCAGACGAUGAGCUGUUAUGGUUGAAUUCAUUGAGUCAAGAAACUAGUGAAAAUGUUCAAGAGCGUAUUAACCUACAAAAGGCUCUAUUUGAGCUUGAGGAAACAAAUAUUCGGAACCGCGCUGAACUCCAACAUCUUGACGAUGCCGUUGCCAAACAACAGGCAAUCGAGAAGGAUGGAGCAGUUGUGCAGGCUCUUAGAGCGAGGAGACAAAUCAUUCUCGACAACAUUCGCGAUAACGACGAGACUGGUGUGAGCUACCAUAAGGAAAUUGAAAUGAAUGAGAAGCAGCGUUGCGAGCUGCAAGACAUGAUAGAUCAAUCCAUCAGUAGCAAUGGCGAUAAAACCUAUUUGCGUAUUCUUAGUCAAUACAGGCUUCUGGGAAUGGCGAAUACGGAGCUUCAGUUUGAAAUAGCUAGACGAGAUCAAAUAAUCCACAAUCAACGAGAAACUCAGAGGAAUCUCUGGAACCUGAUUAUGUCAACCGGGCUUGAUGAGAAACAGAUAUCAGAUCUGGCCAUUAAGCAAGGUGUUACCGUAGAAGAAUGGACUAUGACCUCUUCCCACAAACGGUUAUCAUCACUAAACGAAAGACGACACUCUUCGCCUCUAUGUUACCCUUGCACUACUACUACUACACAGUCCACAUACAGCCGAUCAUCUUGCAGUUUUGAACAGAACCAACCGUUUUUAUCUCAUACAGUUUCCAGAGAGGAUCAUCAUCAGUCCUAUUACUCGAUGUCUCGUCAUGAUUACUCUCCUGAUCCUCCAUCGGUUAACUUACGUAAUUCAUAUCCUCAAAAGGAGUCAUGUUAUGAUUAUGAGAGGAGAAUAAGCAGCAUUGGCGAGUCAACAACAAAUCAGUUUGUAAGAUACAACUAAUUGGAACAAUCAGGUAUGGUAUCCUCUAAACAUCCUAAUGCAUGGCCAUCGAUUCCUUCUCAUGGUUUUGGUUCUCAUUUGUCUAGAUAUUUGUAGACAUAUUGUUUCAAACCAUGGUCUUGGUCGAUUUUUUUUCCUAUCCAAGGCUGAGUUGGGAAAUGUUUUUCGAUCUGUUCUUUGUUGUUGUUGUACAUAUUUGAACCUGAACAGUUUUAUUCUUUGAAUUCAGUUUCCAGAAAUGCUUAUUUUGUCGAGCUGAGAUUAGCCAUGAAUCCGAUAAGCUUGAGAUUGAUACUUGUACAUAUUUGAACUGAACAGUUGAUUAAGGCAAGGGAUCUUCAUCUUAACAUUCUUGCUUAUUGUAGACAACAAGUGUUGCUAAAGAUGAACUCUUUUUCUUCAA